AUGUUUUCUAGACUGGGUGUUAUUCGAGUGAGACAGCUUAUAUUGAUACGAUACACACAUCAAACAUCACUGACGAAUGUAUUAACACCGACCUUCAGUGUUGAUGAGAUCAGAGAUUUACCUUAUCUGGACCAUGUUGACUUGGCUUGGAAACAACUCAUCCCUUACAAAGUAAAGAUUAAUAAACAAAAGACACCCGUAUUGUUUUUACAUGGAUUAUUUGGAUCUAUGCUGUCCUUCAAUUCGAUUGGCCGACUGCUCAGUGCAGUAGUGAAGCACCCCGUUUAUGCUGUUGAUUUAAGAAAUCACGGAGACUCCCCUCGUGCCUUGCCUCACACAUACACGAUCAUGGCUCGGGAUAUUCAUAAUUUCAUUAGGACAAGAAAAUGGGACGAGUGUAUACUAAUAGGGCACUCCAUGGGUGCCAAGGUUGCCAUGAUGGUUAGUUUAUUAUACCCUUCAUUAGUUUCCAAGUUGGUUGUGGUUGAUAACACACCGCAUUCCCGACCACUAAAUGAUCAAUUUUACAAGGACUUGUUGGGAAUGUGCGAGGUUGAAGUAAAUGGGCAGAAAUAUAAAACUGCCAAUAAGAAAACUGUUGGGAAAUUAUCUGAAAUCGACCGCUUUUUGUCACAAUACGAAAAAGACCAACGAGUAAGACGAAUAUUAACAAGCAAUUUAAUGACUUGUUUGAAACAUUUCAAAAAUCGAAAGGAUAUAGAUCACGAAAAAGAGGUUUUCAAAAUCCCAGUAAUGAAUUUUUACAAGUAUGAUAUAUUAGGAACUCUUGGUGGGUGGCCCCAACUACCAGAAGUGAAGAAAUUUGACAAACCGGUAUUCGUAAUGUAUGGUAACAAUAGUGACUUCGUUUUACGCAAAUAUCACAAGUACUUUCUCAAGUAUUUUAGCAAUGUGAAAUUUCAAGAAUUUGAUAGUGGUCAUUGGGUUGCCAUGGAUCAACCUGAGAGAUUUCUCAAAAAGUUGGCCAGGUUCAUAGAUUAUGAUGAAUACAUCAGAUUCAAACCAUAUAAAGUACGAUAUGUAAAGUGGUAA